CUGUAGCAGAUAUGAAGUAAAUUGUGAGCUUCCCGGGUUAAGCAACUGCACAGAGGAGGCGCUUAAUGGCUUAUGCAUAAUUUGGUCCAGUGAUACAUCGCUUAUACUAACGGAUACACGCUUCACUGUACCUAACACAGCAUUGACUGAGUAUAGCUCAUAUCUGUUCACUGUGACAGUCAGCAAGGAAAAAAGAGAUCCAGUUUCAUUCUCCCAGAUGAUCAUAGUUGUCCCUGCCGAGAAACCAAAUAUUCAUGUUUUGUGCCUUCAGAAUUGCAAGUACAAAGUGACUCCUAACAGCAAACUCUCCAUGGCAGCCCAUUGUACAAACUGCCGAAGACAAAGUGAUCUCAGUUUUGAUUGGUCCAUAUUUUCUCUUGAUUGUGACUUCACAAUGGACUGGGCGACCAUGAGCUUAACGGGACAAUAUAAUCAAGCUGUUAGCAUCAGGUCAAACACCUUGCCUGAAGGAUGUAGCUUUAUAAUCAUUGUUACUGGUGUCAAAAAAAUUGGAUACAUGGAUUCCGGAUUUGCUACAUUGGAGUUUACAACUAAUACGCCGCCUAUAGCUCCAUAUAGGUCUUGUACAGUGUCUCCACCUAUAGGAGUUACUCUCGUGGAUGAGUUUGACAUUUACUGCGAUAAUUUUCAAGAUAAUGAUGACCCAUUAACCUAUGAGUUUUACUUUGUGACAGGGUCAAACUCAACAGGAGCAUUGCUGGCUAAUACAUAUAAGUCAGAGUUGUUAGGGGUACAGCUAGGCCCUGGAGAUAGUGAACUAAACUAUACAGUGGAGAUACAUAUAUUAGCAACAGAUUAUUUCCAAGCUACAACUAUCGAGGUUGUUAAAUUGCAGGUGUACCCUUCCCAUAUGAAGUUAAUAGUUCACCCAGGAGCAACAAAUGAUACAGGUGAAAUAAUGAACAUGUUGGAAAACCUUACUAUGACAACAACCAACCAAGAAAGCAAAUUAGACAGCAUGUUAGGUUCUGGGAACAUUCAAGCUGCCAGUCAAUUGGUAUUCACGGUGUCCACCAUAUUAAACAUGGAGUCAAAAGAAAAGACCACGUAUGCAAAUACUACUUACAAUGAAACAAUUGCCAAGUUGGAGCAAAGAAGCCUGAUACGUAAUUCCAUUGUGACAUCACUGGCUAACACUGGCGUAGAUGAUCUAACCGUUUUGAAACAGAAAGCAUGGGCCAUGCAGAGCAUCACAGUUGAGAGUGAAGAACUUGCACCCACUACAAAGUCCACAGCCUCGCAUGUAUUUGAAGACAUGAGUAGGACAUUCAUGUCCAAGAUGGAGGAUGAAGCAGAUGCCACCUCUGAGGUCAUUGAAGUCAUCGCAAGUCUUCUCAUCUCUGGAGCCAGUAAUGUAAUGCAUGCUUCUUUGGAGACCUUGCAACAUACAUCUGAUAAGUAUAAGAGCACUAAACCACAACUGAAGGACACAAGGACCCAUGACCAGGUCACUAGUCAGGUCAAGGAGAUCACAUAUGCAACAAUGAAUGUUUUAAAAGAUGUGUCUGAUGCUGUCCUGAAGAACAAGGUAGUCGGGGAAGAACCGACUGUUAUACAGACAGAGACCCUUUCUAUGACUGUAAUGCAGAGUCAGCCAGAGUCUUUAGGCGAUCAUGAUUUUUCAAUUGGCUCGACACUAGAUGGCGCCACCCCUGC